GUCUUUAUUACGCUUUUUACUUCGGUAAGCGAUGAAAAGCAUGAGGAUUUCUCUCAUCUUUGCUACGUUAUUCACUCUUGGAGUUUUCAAUUCAGUAUUAGCCUUGAAGUGCUACCAGUGGACUGAGGAUGAAGACCCAACCAAGGGCAAGGCAAGGACGUGUAAGCCUGAGGCUAGUGAAUACCAAAGCUGUGUUCUCAUUGGUCUAGCAGGAUUUAACCGAAUAACAAGGCAAAAACUAACACUGACUCAAGGAAUGUGUGACAAUGGCGUUUGUAACGCAACACGACUCUGUAAUAUAGCCUUGAAAACUAUUAGAAAUUUCGAUACGACAAAAUGUAACGCAAAGUGCUGUGACAGUGACAUGUGUAACGCAAUACCCUUCUCAACAACUCCUACGGAAGGAAUGCAGACUAUUCCUAUCCCGAGAGUCGCCCGAAGCACGAGGAGAGUCUACCGAACAAUCGGCGAUCCUAUGACAACCGAUGACGAAGUUGAGGAGUACGACUUUACGCCGGCGACGGGUAUCAACUGUUUCUACUGCCAAGAGGGAAGUGAUCUCGAUAGUUGUCACCUUCUACCGUCAGUUGCACGAUGUGGGAUGGAAUACGACUCUUGUGUGACCAUCACAGGUACUCUUGCGGACAACAAAAGCAUUGAAGUGGCGUAUCGAGGCUGCGGAUUGGCUGAAAUUAACUGUAACAUCAAACAACACUGUAUAGACGUCGAAAAUAAGCUCUUCGUGAACGAAGGAAAACAAAUGGCAACUUGCAAUGGGUAUUGCUGUAGAAGUAACUUCUGUAACAACUUUAAUCCAACUCGUCCUGUAGAAGUCAGCAGUCGGUUAAAAACUACAAAGACUCGAAGGACUGCACCUGCAAAGAAGACGACUCCGUCAGAGUCAACCCCGAUAAAGUGCUAUGAGUGUAGACCGGAAGUGUUUGGUGCUAUGUGCAGGAAGAACGCAACCGCGAGGACCUGUGAGACUGGGUACGAUGAAUAUGACAGUUGCUUGACCAUGACGGCAUCUAUUACCAAUGCUACGACCAACAAGGAGAUAGAUACUGGUGAAUGGAUGGAUUGUGCUGUGCGUGACAUGGACUGUAACGCCACCUCGUCACGCUGUGAUAAACUAUCCGAUAUCCUGAAGAGUAAAGGUCUGGGACUCAAGAACUGCCUCGUUAAUUGUUGCCAAGGAGAUCUGUGUAAUAACUUUGCACCAACUGCAAGCCCUAAAAUCUCAGCGCAAGCGAUAUCGCAGGCUCAGGUUCCUUUAGUUGGAAAUAUGUCAAUAUUGAUGGCGCUUUUUUCAAUCAAGUUCUUUGCAUGGAAAUUGAUGAGCUGAAUUCUUUUAAACGGAUUUUAUGUCUAUGGAGAUUCACAAGGUUUCGUUUAUUAUGAGAUGUUUUGGGGGACACUAGAGUAAAACGUUUGCGCAUGCGUGCACUUCAGCACGUUUUCUAAGAAUUUUGAAGAGUUUGAGUGAGAAAAUAAAUGCUUGUUU